CCCAGUCAGUCCCCCGCUGAACCUCGUCGUGAGAAGAGUCGGUCGAAGAGGUGAAACGCACGGUGAACGCGCCGCGAUAUUUGAUCCGACAUCCGGGGCCCGUCGAGUUACCUGCCUGCCGAAAAAUCGGGGCCCAGAAUUCUCGACGAGGGCCUAAAUCCCAACGAAUCUUAGGGACAUGACUGCCAAAAGGAUACGCCGCGUUUGCUGAUAUUUAAAGCUGCGCGUCGGUUGCGCGCCCUUAUAAUUAUCGUCGAAUCUGGAUCCGUCUCUGGACUGUUAUAAUUUAGUGAUAAUCGAACAAGUGCGGCGAACGGUAUUGCAGAGUGAAGUGCAGUUGGUGUCACGGAAAGUGUUUUUAUCUAUAAAGGAAACCUCUCCGAAUGGUGAACAUGUGAUGCACGAAGUAUAGAAAUACCGAAUCGUCCGGCAUGAUCUCGGUGCAAACGGAGCCUAAAGGACGUAGGAGGAUGAUGCGAUGAACCCAGAACAGUCAAGGCCACGUGAGGCCCUCGGCACGUUCGCCAGAUCCAUACUUCCAAGACCUUACCGGAUCUCAGCUUGUAAGCUGCAAGCCACUGCGGGCUGUAAGAAACUCUUCCUCUGCAGCCGGCCGUAAUCGGCGGAUCGGCAAGAGGCAGAGUUCUCGAUCGUUAUUCUACGAUGAAAUUGCAGGACGUGAUGAGCGAGUACGAGCGCAUCAAGCGAGCGUGCUUGAAGAGCGGGGAACUCUGGGAAGAUCCUGAAUUUCCAGCAACCCAGGCCUCUGUGUUCUACCACCAAACGCCACCGUUUCAAUUUCAGUGGAAGAGGCCCAAGGAACUCUGCAGCAGGCCAGUUUUCGUCAACGAUGCGCCGACACAGUUCGACGUCAUACCUGGAAAAAUGGGUGACAAAUGGCUGGUGUCCUGCCUGGGAGUCCUUCACCUGAGCAAAGGACUAUUCUACAGAGUGGUCCCCGCGGAUCAGGGCUUCGGGGGCACAACCGAGCUCCCGGGAUCACCGACUGCCGAGUACGCGGGUGUCUUCAGGUUCCGGUUGUGGUGGUGCGGGGCCUGGGUCGAAGUCCUCGUCGACGAUCGGCUUCCCGCCGUCCAUGGGAGACUCGCCUUUGUCCAGAGCCGGCACAGCGACCAAUUCUGGCCUGCUCUUCUCGAAAAGGCUUACGCAAAAUUACACGGGUCCUACGAGGCCCUUAAAUACGGCACCCUGUUGGACGGACUGUCGGACCUGACAGGAGGAAUCACAGAAAGCAUAGCCAUUCGGCAGGAUCCAACUGCCUGCGGGCGAGCGUUGGCCAAACUGUUGGACAUGACUUCGCUGAUCACGUGCACCGUAAACACGAGCCAACAACAGAUUCGCUCGAGUACAGAGAAACUCGCAAAUGGAAUACAAAUGGGCAUAAACUACAGACUUUACGCCGUUGAACGAGUCGAAACCUUCAGCAGCGAAGCUGUGCAGCUUGUAAAAUUAAGGAAUCCUCUUGGUCCAGGGGGAGAAUACAUCGGUGCUUGGGCACGAGGUGGUCUCGAAUGGGACGAAGUACCACCAGUGGAAAGAGAGCGAUUGGCGGUACGAAACAUGGCGGAAGGAGAGUUUUGGAUUUCUUACUCGGAUUUUGUGAAGACCUUCACUCAUCUGGAAGUGGUACACCUCGAUGCUGAGACCUCGCGGGACGAACCUUCGCUUCAUAGUAAAAACACCUGGCAGAUGAAACUUUAUCAGGGUAGCUGGAGGCGGGGAGUUACGGCGGGAGGAUGUCGAAAUAAUCCAGAAACAUUCCACAUCAACCCGCAACUGCAUUUAAUCCUCAGUGAGAUGGAGGAAGUCAUUGUAUCCUUGAAUCAGCACUCCAUCGUCGAGCCUAAGGUAGUAGGAUUCACGGCGUACACUUUACCAAAGAAUAGCACAGAGUCGAUAAACAAACAAUUUUUCAAGAAGAACAAGUCCCUGGUAAACUCUCAGUACACAAACAGCCGGCAAGUCAGCCACAGAUGUCAGCUGGACCAGGGUGGCUAUCUUCUUAUUCCUACGACAUUCGAACCCACCCAAGAAACGAGUUUCACCCUCAGGGUUUACAGUAGCAAACCUCUGAAGCUGAAAUUACUCGAUACUCCACCGUCUCUGAUAAAACCAGCCAUCGUCAAAGCUCACGGUCUCGAAGGAAAAGGAUUUUCGCAAUACGAGGCGGUGUUCCUACAACUCGCCGACGAGCAUAAAACCGUAAAUGCCUUUGAGCUCCUGGAACUCCUGGAGGCUUGUCUACCGAACGACUACAUAAAGAGCUGCGCCAGUUUGGAAGUAUGCAGACAAGUCGUCUUAACGAUGGAUAGUUCCGGCAGUGGGAGGUUGAAGUUCAACGACUUCAAAGAUCUGAUAUCAAGCCUGAAGUUCUGGCAGCACUCGUUCAGAAAUCAUACGAAAGAAAAGACGGGUAUACUCAAGGCGGAAAGACUUAGAGACGCACUCCUAGAAGUUGGCUUUCAACUCAACACGGAUGUCCUGUCGAUUCUCGUUCUCCGAUACAUGCGGAAAGAUGGAACUCUGAGAUUUGGUGACUUUGUGUCUGCGAUUCUACACCUUAGUGUUGCUUUCAAUAUAUUCGAGAACAAAGACCCUCUACAGAAUGGCACGAUAAAACUGGGAUUAUCAGAGUGGCUCCGGUCAUCUUUAAUGUGCUGAAAUGUGACGGCGCUUUACGAAGACCACAUAUGACUAGCUGAGUGUAUUUUUCGAACGUUGUAGAUAAUAUAAUAAUUGCGGAAAAAAAAUUGUUGCUAGUUAUAAAUUAGCCAUAUUAAUGAUUAAUCGUUAUUGUAAUUAUUCUUUAUGAACCUUGUCGUAAAAUGAUAACAUCCAAAUGGAACGUUACUAUUCUACGUAUACGAGGAUAUGACUAAGCCUACCACUACACAUUGAACUCAUUCCAUAUGCUCUCAUACGAUGAUAAACUCAAUUCGUCUUUAAGAACCCAUGUACAAAAACAUACCGUACCUAUAAGCAUGUUGUACUCAUUGAAUAAAAAUAAUUCUAUUUUCUA